CGAUCUCCGUGUCUGGCGGUACCACCAUGGCUGCAGCAGGUGCAAUGUUAUUACACAGUGCCUGAAAGUAGUCCCCUUGGUAAAUUUCAAUAGCAUGGGACUAUUGUCGGGCAGUGCGUAAUAUCAUUGCGCCUCCUGCAGCCAUGGUACGACAGCAAAGUCCUUAAUUAUUACGCCAGAAUGAGAGUAUCGAUUAUUUGUAUAUUUAAUAUUAACAAUAAUAUUUUGUGACUCUAGACAAAAGUGGGAGAUAACAACAUUGGUAAAUGUAUUGUCCGUCAAGAAGAACUACACAAGUGUUCUCAUGAAGACUUGAUCAUUUGCAUGAAUACCACAACAAUAAAAGAAAAUAUUUUAAUUUCUCAGUGGUCAUUUGUGAAAUGACAAUUUGGUUACCAAAUCUGAAAUGAACAUCCCCAAAGGCUAGACCAAUAGAAAUGGAAAGCAUUCUGACUUUGCAUGUGCCCAUACGAAUGUACUGUAUAACAUGAUAUAAUACAUGCUGCAAAACAUUUGUAAUCCUGAUUUUUAGUGGAAUCGUGCAGGUGAGUACCAGUUUGGUUUUUAAAUAUAUUUACUGUAUAUUUGGUUUUAAAUAAUCCUCUUUUCUUUAUGUAUGUUGUAUAAAUGUCUGAAUUAGUUCAUACUGUAUUCAUAAUGAUGAUGAUGAACAAAAUUAACCUAGUUAACCUGUAUUAUCAUUUCCCAGUUUUGUUUAAAAGAGUAUGCUGUACCAUUUAAAAGUGUGGCUACUUUUAAUUUCGAGUCAUAUCACCCCUGUUAAAGCUGCUUCGAUCAGACUGGUGAAUGGAUCCCACUCUUGUUCUGGGCGAGUGGAGGUUUUCUAUGGGGGAAUGUGGGGAACCGUGUGUCAUGAUGACUGGGACAAUCCUGAUGCUGAGGUGGUGUGUAGAGAAGUGGGCUGUGGACCGCUUAUAGAACCCAAAAAAGAUGCAUUUUUUGGAGAGGGCUCAUUACCGGUAUUAAUGAAUAAAGCUGAAUGUGUUGACACUGAAUCCAAACUGAUAGAUUGUCCCGCAGAGAAAGGCCAAACAACAGCGUGUGAUCACAACAAAGAUGCUGGAGUUAUUUGUAUGCCCAAUAUUAGGUUGGUGAAUGGCAUCAAUUCGUGUUCUGGGCGAGUGGAGGUUUUUCAUGAUAAUCAGUGGGAUGCAGUGUGUGAUAAUGGCUGGGAUGCUGCAGAUGCUGCAGUGGUUUGUAGAGAGCUGGGCUGUGGAGAUGUUAUAGAGGUGAAGAAAGGCAGUUACUUUGGAUCAAACACAAUAUGGAUGCAAGAUGUACAAUGUAUCGGAAACGAGACGACGCUGAGCAGCUGUGCAUCUAAUAAUGGACCGGUAGAUGUACUUGUCGCUAUCUCCUUAACCACUGCUGGAGUCAUUUGUCAGUCCCAUAUCAGGUUGGUAAAUGGCAGUAACUCUUGUUCUGGACGAGUGGAGGUUUACCAUGAUGGACGAUGGGGAACAGUGUGUGAUGAUAACUGGGAUCUGUCAGAUGCUGCAGUGGUAUGUAAAGAACUGGGCUGUGGGGUUGCCAUAGAGGAAAAGACAGGUGCCUAUUUUGGCCAGGGCUCAGGACCGGUGUGGAUAAAGGAUUUAGAUUGCUCAAAUACUGACAAAAGUACAGUUAGAAACUGUACAUCAGAGCCAUGGGGAGUAAACGAUUGUGGACAUGAGAAGGAUGCCGGAGUUAUCUGUGAAUACCCAAUCAGGCUGACUGAUCCCAACUCUUGUUCUGGACGGGUUGAGAUUUAUCAUAAUGAUCAGUGGGGAGGAGUGUGUUAUGACAAUGGCUGGGAUCUAUCAGAAGCUACAGUGGUCUGUAGAGAACUGGGCUGUGGAAACGUUUCACAUGUGAUUAGCCUUUCAUCAUCUUUAUUAGAUCCAGCAAUUAUAAGUAAUGUAAACUGUGCUGGGAAUGAGUCUACACUGAUGAGCUGUGCAAGUGUCUGGUUUUCAAGCAACUGUUUACUUAGCGGGUAUGCUGGAGUCACUUGCAGAACAAUAAAGGUAGUAAAUGGACCCAGCAGAUGUUCUGGAGCAGUGCAGGUUCUUCAUGAGAGACAGUGGGGCGCAGUGUGUCAUGACAGUUGGGAUGAAACGGACGCCUCGGUGGUUUGUAGAGAGCUGGGAUGCAGAGGAUAUGUGGAGGCAAAGUCGAAUGCUUAUUUUGGUCAGGUGGUGCAACAGACAUGGAUGAAAAACGUUAAUUGUAAUGGAAGCGAGAAUUCACUUAUACAAUGCGCCUCUGAAUUAGGAAACAACCUUUGUGGUCCUGAAAGUCAUGUGGGAGUCGUAUGUGAAGAUGUGACUUUUAAAUUUACAAUGAGAAUUAAGGUGACAAGUGACCCUGCAGUAGACCUAAAUGACCUUGUCUUCAGAAAGGUCAUUUUGGAAAAGAUAACGGAGAAGCUACAAGCACAGGGGAAUUUCACCCUCAGAUGGAAAACUCUGUCCAAUGGAAACAUCUUCCAGCCAAAAUAAGUUAUUGAGGCCUGAUAAGUUUAUAGUUGUACUUGUAAAGGCAUACUCUUAAUUGACUCAAUCCGAUCAGGUGUAUGGCUUUCUACAGGUCAUUGAUCAGAUACAGUAGAAAAAUAAAGCUUAUAUGCCCAAUCUGUUACAUAGAUGUAAAAUUGUUGCGAGCUGUUUAAAACAUUGCAGUAAGCCUAUAGCAGGAACAUAUCUUUAUUUACUUUGCUUUAUUGUAAGCCUCUUAACAUAACUUGUUAACACAAUGUGAUUAGAACAGCCAUACAUGUUAAGUCACCAUUUAAUUCUUUUAAACAUUUACUGCUUUACAUUUAUAUCCAUACAGUAUAUCUAAUAUAAUAUGUCUGUCAAUUAAAUGCCAUUGUUGUUUCAUUGCA